UUCAAUAUUUUACCACAAGCUUCCUAUCAGAUGAGUUUGGAAGAAAAAAAAUACUUUUUUGAAGAUUCUCAAGGAAAUGAGAACUCCAGAUGAAUAUUCUUCUAAUAUCUCACGUUGUGUGCAACUUAAACAACGGAAGCUCAUAGGACUGAAAAGUUAUGAUUGUCAUUUAUUAAUGCAAGAAUUUCUUCCCAUAGCAAUACGAUGUUCUUUACCUGAAAAAGUGUGCUCAGUUCUAAUUGACUUGUCCAAUUUUUUUAAAGACCUUUGCUCUAAGGUUCUUCAAGAAAGUGACUUUGAUUUGCUUGAGUAUCGAGCUGCUUCAACAUUAUGUGAAAUGGAAAAAAAAUUUCCUCCGUCUUUUUUUACCAUAAUGGUACAUUUGGUUAUUCAUUUAGCAAAUGAAGCAAGACUUGCUGGUCCAGUCAUAUAUCGGUGGAUGUAUCCUGUUGAGAGGUUUCUUCUUACGCUUAAGACGUAUGUGCGUAAUAGAGCUAGUCCAGAGGGUUCAAUUGCAGAAGGCUAUUUAGCUAAUGAAUGUUUAACUUUUGCUUCACGAUAUUUAGUGGGGACUGAAACUAGCUUAAAUCAAUCAACUAGAAAUGAAGAAGAUCAAAAUGUUGCCAAUGAUGAGGAAGUAUCCAUUUUUGCAAAUGUUGGAAGACCAUUGGGAAGGGAAAAAAAAUAAAGGCUUUAGUAGUAACAAGCGUAAGAGGGUCUCACGUAUUACACUUGACAACCAAACUUUGGUACAAGC